UCUCAUGGUCGAACACACACUCGACACUGACAGUAUGAAACCAAUUCUCUUGCAUGGACACGAGCGGUCCAUCACUCAAAUCAAGUAUAAUAGGGAAGGAGAUCUGAUAUUUUCCUGUGCUAAAGACUCGCAGCCCAAUGUCUGGUACUCUCUGAAUGGAGAAAGACUGGGUUCUUUCAGAGGCCAUAAUGGCGCUGUGUGGAACAUUGAUGUCAACUGGGAGUCAACAAAAGUGCUGACAGCAAGUGCAGACAACACCUGUAAACUGUGGGAUUGUGAAACAGGUAAAACCUUGGCUUCACUGGACACGGCGACAGCUGUCAGGACAUGCGGCUUCUCCUUCAGUGGCCGUUACAUCAUGUACACAACUGACAAAACAAUGGGACGACCAUGCGAAAUCCACAUCUUUGACUUAAAUGAUAUAAGGAAUGGUGAACCCACGAUGGUAAUUCCCAUCAGCAGCAGUAAGAUCACAUCAGCGGUGUGGGGGCCUUAUGAAGAGUACAUCAUCACUGGACACGAAAACGGAGAGAUUUGUCAUUAUGACCUUAAAUCUGGGGACAAAAUUAACAGCUGUAAAGAACACAGUAAGCAAAUCAAUGACCUCCAACUCUCCAAGGACAUGUCCAUGCUCAUUUCUGCCUCAAAGGAUACCACAGCAAAGUUGUUUGAGACGGCGACACUUGGCCACAUGAAGACCUACAAGACAGAGCGACCCGUCAACUCGGCCUCCUUAUCGCCUAUCUAUGACCAUGUGGUGCUGGGUGGUGGUCAGGAAGCUAUGGAUGUCACCACCACAUCCACCAAAGUUGGCAAAUUCGAUGCCCGGUUCUACCAUCUCGUGUUUGAGGAGGAAUUUGGGAGGGUCAAAGGUCAUUUUGGUCCAAUCAACAGUACAGCAUUUCAUCCAGAUGGCAAAAGUUACAGCAGUGGAGGAGAGGACGGCUAUGUCAGAGUUCACUAUUUUGAUCCCAGUUACUUUGAUUUCCGCUUCGAGUUUUGAUCAAGAUCUGAACUAAGUGACUAUUUAUAGACUGCCAUUGUCAGUGAAGACCCUCUGUGACUCAUGUGGACCUUAGAAAAUAAAUCCUGGAAAUUCAAA